CUUGCUGUUAUCUGAAAACAGAAAUAAUCAGAUUGAUUAGAUUCUGAUUGUAUUCUAGAGGUUUGGGUCCAAAGUAUAGUACCAUAAAGAGAGAUGAUUUCUGUGUUCAAUUUUUUUUUUCAUCUUUAAAUGAAAAAUAAAAAAUAAAAAAAUUGAAAGGAAACCAAUAGUGUAUGCAGAAAGUUUAAUUGUCCUAGGUUUUCAAGAAUCAUGAAAUUCACCUCUAUUUUCCGGCAGUUUAUUGAGACUGGAGAUAAUAAUUACUAAAGAUGUUAUGGUUUGUGUCUUUUUUGGUCUUUGUUUUACAUGUGGAUGUUUUGAAACUUGCAGGGAAACAAGGUUACCAUCACCUGGCUACUUAGAACCACAUAUUGAAGAUGCAGAUGGGAAUUUCAUUGACCCCUAUGCCGUCUUUUCUGGUAAUCCUAAUACCAGCCAUCAAUUGAGUGGCCCUCCUGUACACAGUGGGGUAUUUACUUCCCGGGUUAAUUGGAGAUGUGAUCCUUUCAUAUGUGAUACCUGUAUCAAUUCUUUUUCAAGGGGUCACCAUACCAGUGGUGCUAAUUGGGCUUCAGUUAGAUCUGCAACCUUGAGUGCUGGGCUUGAUUUUCAUGCUAUGCCAAAUGAACCAUUUGUUCCUCGAAUCGUUGAGCGUGGGAUGCGUGUUCAAACUGCUACUGAAUCUCCAUUUGGUUUGGGUUAUCAAGGAAGCAAUGAUCCAGUUUAUUCCAACUUACGAAGGAUGCAGCAGACACCAACCAAUUCCUCUUCAUCUGCCGCGGACACUUACAUGAGAAGAUCAAAUGGAUUGAGGGGCUGGUUUCCAGCAGAGUACACAGCACCUUCGCUAGUUGAACAGACUGGGAAUUCCUUUGCAUGGUCUGUGAACCUCAACUCUAACCUGUCAGAAGCAGCAACUCACAGUCAUCACCAUGUCCAGGAAAGAAAUGCAGUCGAACCUCUCCAACUAUUUCCUGAAGACACUGGUUCACUGCUCCCGGACAUUAAUGAGUAAGCUUGAUAGCAGGCUGAACUGAAAUGUCCGUGAGAGGCAAAAAAAAAGCUAAGUUGCUUAGCCUUGAAUAAUUAUUACCGCAGGUGCAAAAUGUUCUUCCUAUGAAGAGCAUAAACUCCAAGGAUGAGAAACCAUAACUGCAAAACUUGAGGCUAUGAAGGUGUUAGUUUCAGGCCUAGGAAUGUA